AUGUCGGCAGCCACGUCUUCAAUCCAGGACCGCACUCCAGAGUUCCGCUCCAUCCUCGCCCUUGCCCAAAAACGCCUCGCCCACACAAAGACACCACAGAGCCGACAACAUCUACUACCCAACAAUGCCCAACCCUCAGCACAACCCACGCGCAAACAGCGCAGCGAGUUUGCGCGCAAGGCCGCCGAAAUAGGAAGGGGCAUUGCAGCCACCGUCGGCAAACUCGAACGUCUGGGACAACUGGCUCGUCGCAAGACCCUCUUCGACGACAAGCCUGUCGAAAUCGCCGAACUCACCUAUGUCAUCAAGCAAGAUCUUGCUGCGCUGAACCAGCAGAUCGGUGCCUUGUCGACGAUAAACAAGACGGCGCAUCCCAAGGGCGGAGUAGAUCAAGAAGGCCAACACAAUGAAAAUGUCGUCGUCAUGCUACAGAGCAGAUUAGCAAACGUAGGAGGUAACUUCAAGGAAGUCUUGGAAGUGCGGUCCAAGAAUGUACAAGCCAGUCGCUCGCGUCAAGACAACUUUGUCAAUACCGUGGGCAGCAAUGCUGGACAUUUGGUUCCUCAAGGACGCAGUGACAGUCCGCUAUAUGCACCGCCAUCACGAGGCCGCUCACCGCAACCGCCAAUGAACCAAGGACAAGAUCUUCUGACUCUCGAACCACCAAGCGCGUCUUCGUCAGCUUUAACACGAGGUGCACAAUCAGAGCAACAGAUGCUACUCCUCGAAGAAGGAAACCAGAACAACGGAUACAUACAACAGCGCGGCGAAGCCAUAGAAGGCAUCGAGCGCACAAUCGCCGAACUUGGAGGUAUCUUUGGUCAACUAGCUCAAAUGGUCAGCGAGCAGAGCGACAUGAUUCAACGCAUCGACGCGAAUACCGAGGACAUUGUCGACAAUGUUGAAGGUGCGCAACGCGAGCUUAUGAAAUACUGGUCCAGGGUGCAGGGCAAUAGGUGGCUUGUUGCUAAGAUGUUUGGUGUUUUGAUGAUUNUGUAA